GCCAAGGCAACGUCAACACACAUGGGUUAUGCUGCACAAAGUUUAAGCUAAACUGAAGAAAACAAGCAUGGAGCAGUCAGCACAGACCCGGCACAAUGAUUUCUCAAACUUCCAUCUCAUUCAACAACCGGCCUCUCAGCCUGUUACACUCUUCCAGCAGAUGCCCUCAGCAAUGGCACAAGCUACACCAACUUUACGACCUGGACACAUCAGGGAGGACCUUGUAGAGCUGAUGAUGAUGCAGAAUGCUCAGAUGCACCAGGUCAUCAUGAACAACAUGACCAUGUCUGCACUCAGUUCUUUCGGGUACACGCAAGCACAUGAGUCUACACUACAACAGCAUCCAGGUGCACUUGUAACAACUGAGGUGGAGCCAGAGGUGUAUCAUCACCAUUACCCCUGCCCCCCCUGUGUACCUUAUCACGAAUGGGUUACUGUGUCUCAGGCACCGAUUCAGUCUCAGUUUCCUCUGCAGAUUAUUCCAGGGUUUCAGGAUCCUACAUACCCUUCACACGACAUAGGACACAGAGACAGGAAAGCUGUUCACCCUCCACCACCACCGAGCGCAACAGGCACUGUUGGACCUGAUGUUCUUCCUGCUGCAGAGUAUUAUGAAGCAGAAAGAAGGCAGCACAGACAAGAGGAGACACAGCAAUGAAACAGAAACAAUAAUGCAUCCUGGAUGGACCUUCCUAGAGACACUGACAAACAGAUCUUUAGACACAUCAGCUCAGAAGCAAUUUAUCUGUUGUGAGAACAUGCUGUAAUAAAGUGUUGAGUCGCUUUAGCCUGUUAAAUAAAUCUUCUUAUUGGUAGCAAUUUAUUUUCCUAUACAUAAUGAAUUAAACUUGAACUUCAUUCAUCUGA